AUGGUACUGUUGUUAGCUCUGAGCAAUGAAAAGUUCCUAUAAAACACAUUCAAUAAUUAGUGCAGUAAUUAAAUGUUACAAUACCAAUUCUUAGACAAGACUACUUUGAUAUUGAGAAUAAAUUAGAAAAAUUCAGCAAGAAAAUAAAAAAGGAUUUGGUUUACGAGAUUAUAGAAUGGUAUAUAAACAUAGAAUAUGUAGAAAUUGAAAGGUGUUCUGAAUAUUUUUGGAGAGCCUAAAAAUGAGGAUACGAUAAACAAUUUGAAAAGAUUCACUUCGAAUAAGUUAGAAUUUGAUACUAAGAAUUACGCUGCUUUAGCUUCGAUGCCUCAAUUGAUGCAAUAGAUUCAGAGAUUGGGGUCAUUUUCACAUUUUAGUUUUUUGAUUUGUGGAUAUCCUCGAAUAAAAUUUCAAUCUAAUCAUUUAGUAUUGCAUAAAUUUGAGUGUCUAAAUUAACAGGAACAAUGUUGCCUAAGUGAGUCUUCUCGAAUGAAAGGAUUGAGUAGCAAUGAAUCUCUUACGCAUUUGGAAAAAGAAUUGAAGAUUAAAAAUAUUUACAAUAAUUAUUAAUUAUGAAUAAAUCACAAUAAGAAGCUAUUCAGAAAAACCAUUAUGGCAAACUAGAAUAUUGGGAAAGAAGAUAUUCAGAGUAUUAUUUAAUGUUAUUCUAGAAACGAUAAACCAUUUGAAUGGUAUUAGAAUUAUGAUAACUUAAAAGACAUUGUUACAUAAUAUAUUAAUCAUAAUAGUCGUAUUCUCAAUAUUGGAUGUGGCAAUUCAAGUAUCACAAAUCAUAUAUAAAAUCAUAGACAUUCCCGAGGACAUGUAUAAGGAAGGUUAUUAAUGGAUUGUUAACCUAGAUUUUUCGAAAGCAGUUAUAGAAUUCAUGAAGGAAAAGUUUAAAUCUUACCCUGCUCAUUUCUAAUGUAUUAUAUAGAUGCAUAUAUAGUUGUAUUGGCUGAUGCAAGAGAAUUACCAUUUCCAAAUGAUUCAUUUGAUUGUGUAUUUGACAAAGGAUUAUUGGAUGCAGUCUUAAGUGGAGACUACUCAGCAUAAAAUUCGAAAAAGGUGAUUAAUCACAUUUACAGAGCCCUAAAAAAAGAAACUGGUGUUUAUAUUGUUAUCUCUCAUGGAUUCCCUGAAUAGAGACUUCCAUAUCUAAGCAAAUCAGAAUAUAAUUGGAAGGUCACCUACAGCAAAGUCUAUAAACCUGAUGUAAGAACAAAAAGUUUAGAAUUCGAUGCUUCAGAUCUAAACAAUUAUCAUUUCAUCUAUGUUUGCAAAAUGGAUAGAUAUCAAGGGUAAACUGCAGCUUAAGUCAUUGGAAUUUGA